GAAACUGGUCCUUUGUUGAAUUGCGCCUUAUGCGACUGCCAGGUGCUGAGCAAUGAUAACGCAAUUCAUGCCCACGUCAAUCAUCACGCUGAAGCAGGCGGAUUUUGGUGUAAACUGUGUGGAUUGAGUGAAUGUGAUAAAUACAGAAUAUAUGAGCACAUGCGGGUGAACCAUCCGAAUAAUGUAGAGUUGUUUGAGGACCGGAGAGAUAUUUUGAAGCUGUGCGCCGUCAUUCAAGAAUGUUUCCCUCGAGCAAGUCCUCGAUUCAAAAAGGAAACGGUGCGAGAGUUUGACCUCAUAAUAAAAUGUAAAGCGUGCAAAUUUACGUCGGAAAACAUCAAAACACAAGAAGAACACCAAGUCGGACUGCACACCUCGUUAGACCCGAAGAUCACAGUCGAUUACAACGUGUGCUCGGCCGCGGAUGUGCUAGCCAGGACCGUGCAACGAUGUUUCGCGCAUGUUUUGCAAUCGUCGGACAUGGAUAGUCGAGAAAGGAACUCCGGCUGCAAAGCCUUAAACGCCUCUUCACUGUAG